UUAGUGUAGAAUACUAUCACAUAUGACUAACUUCAAGAAAGUUUAUUCGUAUGGAUUCGGACAUUACGAUACUGUAUUACGAUUCGAAUAGUUUACAUUCUGAGAUAGAAGAAGUGAGUGUAGUUUUAUAAUGGAAGGAGGUGGAGUACUUACAGCAGAACGCAGUCCAGCUCGUGCAAAUUUGCAUGUAGCUUUUACUGAGAAAGGGGAGGUAAAGGAACGCAGGGAAAAAUUUUUAACAGCUAAGUAUGGAUCUCAUCAGAUGUCUCUUAUUCGUAAAAGACUUGCAGUUGAAAUGUGGUUGUUUGAUGAGUUAGAGAAAUUAUAUGAAUCAGUUAAUGAAAGUGGUAAAAAUCGAGAAGUUGAAAUCGAUAUAGAUGAACUUCUUGAUAUGGAUAGUGAUGAACAUAGACGAAGAUUUUUGCAAGAAUUACUAGUUGAUACAAAGAAACCACCACAUGAUAUAAAUAAAUUCAUUAAUGAUUUACUUGAAAAAGCUAAAACACUUUGAAGAACUUCUGUGUUCUUCUUAACACUUAAUGUGUUUAUAAGGACUUUUUUGAAGCAUUAAUAAAUUUGCUCAGAUUUGGAACGAGUCAAAGACAUAUUCAAGCCUUAAUGAGUUGCGCACAACUCGCGACUCAAAUGCCACUUUAUUAUACUUGGAUCGAAUUUAAUGAGGAAAAGAAAAAAAGAAAAAAUCCAUCAAAUGACUUUGCACAUUUUUAUUCUAGCGUAUAUUAUUUCAUAUUGAAAUCGUAAGCAUUAGUAUCUGACUUAUCUCAGUACAACGGCUAACUUUGUUAGUUAUUUAUGUGCGCAUCGCAUAUCAAGUAAUAAACCUCACAGUACACGGAACUGCCUUGCUGUACGAUCCAUCCAAUGUGAUGUAUAGUAGAAAACAUUCUUCUACAUUCUAGUUUUGUAUGCAUUCUAUACUCCAUUGUUCGUAGUAAUAUUUAUGUCAUUAAGAAUGAUUAACUAACAAAAUAUUUCCAAACACUGUAACUAUACCAAAUAAUUUCUGCAUAUCCUAUGUUAUUGAAUUAUCCCAACUGAGAAUACAAUUGGGUUAAAAUAAUCGAUUUUUUUUUAUAUUAUAGUAUAAUGAAUUAUUACAACUUUUUAUUUAUUUUAGAAGAUAUUUUAAGGGAGAUUAGAUAUGCAAAAUUUCGCAUCGAAUGCUUGUAUUAAUUAAAAAAAAAAAAAAAAAAGAAAAAAAAAGAAAAAAAGAAAUCUGUUUGAUAAUAUAAUAAAAGCGUGUACGUUUCAGAUGAUAUUAUCACUGGCAUAGUAAUAAUUAAAACGUGGAAAUGACACCUAUCGUUGCUCCAGAACCGAAUCAGUAUUGAAAAUUAUUAUGAAGUAAAAAUUUAUUCUGUUGUAAGUUUUAUUGUGAUUCUUUUUUCCUUUUGAAUAACAGUUGAUUAAAAUUCGAUAGAAGUUUUUGUUAAGUCGUUAAAAAAAAAGAAAAAAUAUAAACAUUCCUAAAUAAAAAAUUAAAUUUUUUAGAUUCUAACGUUGUAUCGAUAAUCUUUUUAAAUACUUUAUUAUUUAUAUAAUCAUGUUGUUAAUUUCAAGAUUUUAAAUUUAUAUUUAUAGAGGUGUUAUACUCGUUUAAAUAAUAUUUAAUCAAUCUUUAAUCAAUUGUCUUGAAAAAAAAAGGAAAUAGAUGAUAUAUAUAGAUACAAAUUCUUUAUUUUGCCUCGUUUGGAUAAAAUAAUUUGUAAACGCAUGAUUAUGUAUAGAUAGUACAAAAAAAUUGAUAUUUAUAAAGAUAAAAUUCACAAAUAUAGUGCAAUUAUAGGUGACAUUUAUACGGUUUAUUGAUGGUCAUUUAACAUACGAGCUAUUGUGUAAAACGUAUCCAUAGUUAUAAAAGAGGAAGGAAGUAAAUUUAAUAUAAACUUCCGGAAACUUGAAAGAUCUCUUGCACUGAUGUAUCUUGCAUUAUUACUUAAAACUAAAAAAAAAAAAAAAAGAAAAAAAAAAAGAUAAAAGACUGCAUAAAUUAAAUUUACCUUCCUCUUACAUAUAUAUGCAUAUAGAUGCAUACAGAAUCAUUAUAAAUGGCAUAUAGAAUAAUAAGAUGGAUAUAUUAUCGAAGAUCGAAUACAUAAUAUCGGAUGUUGAAUGAAAAAUUAUUAAACAGAGAAUUUUGUGUUUACAUUGGAUAAAAAAAAAGCAAUACCUACAUAAUAUAUUAAUGAUAUAUCUUCAAGUAACAAAAAAAUAAAAUAUUUGAAGAUUAUAUUUAUCUCAUAUUGCGAAGAAAAGCGUACGAUAUUCGUUAGUAUUAUUAAACCCCAGUUAAAAAAGAAGAAGAAAAAAAAAAGAAAAUAUAGAAGAUGAACAAAAAAUGAUUUUAUCCAAACAAGGACUAAUGAUCAUGAUUAUUUUAUGAAAUAUAUUUGAGUAUAUAAAGAUUCAUUUGCCAUUUCAUUGUUCGGCAAAGUAUAAUCUUUAUAGAUCAUGAUCAUAGAAAAAUGUGCUUAGAAUAUCUCUCUACUUAUCCUUAAAACUUUCAUACAAUUUAGAUGAAUAAUAUCCAAUUAAGAGAAGGAGAAAAAAAAAAUCUUGUCAUCCAAUUAUAUAUAUAUAUUUAAAACUUUAUAUGAUGAAAUAUAUGUGAAUGUAUAAUUAAGAUUAGAAAAGUAAAAUUAUACAAUAAACCUUGAUCUGAUGUAACAAUGCAAUUGUAUGACGUGCUCGUUCAUUUUGAGAGGAGGAAGUUAUAUGACAUAUUAUAUUACCGAUGGAUUUUAUGUCGAACGAACAUGUCAGAAUUUAAUCAAAGUUUAUUGUAUUAUUAGAAACGAUACAAUCAAUUGGUGCACUUGUGAUUUAACAUUGUAUGCGACCUUCGAUAGAAUUAUGUUCAUCGCAUCGAUACAUCGAUACAUAAAAAAGGAAAAUGAAAAAAAAGAUUAUGAAGUUUUUAAAUUUUAUCAUCAGAAGAAAUGUCGUAUCACGACUUUUUUGUUUUUUUGUUCUAUGUUAUACGAUAAAAUAGAAACGUGAUCAAUUGCUUUACGUGUAAUACUCGUCGGCAUGUGAAAAAUGUUUCGUAACAUAUACUUACAUAUGUAUCGUUCCGGCUUCAUGUAUCUAAAAAAAGAAAGGCGUAGGAAUUUGUGUGUAAUUGAAAUGAUGCGAUUUCAGGAUUAUUUUCUUGGCAAACAGUUUGGCAAAAAAAAAAAAAAAAAAAA